AUGGUAUUCACAUACAAUAACGAGGCUCGUUACUCGGCGCGCUUUGUUCUCGCUACUCUUCCUCCUGUCUUUAAUUCCGAUGCGAACGGGCAAAUCUCAGGGAAGCAUGGGGAGAUCACAGCAACGGCUUUAUCAUCGAAAGGUUUCGUGGAUGCCAGCAAAUUUGUCUCUACACCUCGACUUACAAAGCAGACUUGCAAUUUAGCAGUUCAUUCCAAGACUAAUGAGCGUCAAUUCAGCUCUGUCUCUUUAUCGCCCGAUAAAUCCAUGCCACUACCACAGCCUAAAGGCCUCACUCAAGGGUAA